UGAUAGGCCGCCAAGAUGGUUGUCAAUGUUGAUAAGUGGAUUGGUUACUUAUAAGAUAGGCGAUAACGUUACGGUCCACGGUGCUCCGCGCGACCAUCUCAGUUAUGCUGGCCAGGGGCAGAACCAGGCGGAUCCUAGCCUAACGGAGAAAGGAAACCCGAGCAACGAGCUGUCAACGCGCUCGAGGGAUGGCGGAGACCGAGGAGGCGGAACAGGAGAUCCGACGAGCCUUGGACGUCGUUCAGUCCAUGAUUGACAUCUCGGCCGAUCGACUGGAGGGCCUGAGAACUCAGUGCUCGACCAGCGCCGAACUCACUCAGCAAGAAAUUCGGACACUCGAGGGGAAAUUGAUCAAAUUAUAUUCCAAACAACUCGUCACCAAAGCCAAGCUAGCCGUGGAAUCGUUACCUGCUGAAAUGCGGCAGUACCCAUCGUUGCAACAAUGGUUGCGCGUAGUGGGACUUACACAAAAAUCUAUACAGAUGGUAUGCUCAAAGGCAAAUUCGCUUGAAGCAUUAAAAGAGAAAUCAGAACAUGAGUUAGGCAGCAUGUUAGGAGAAAACAAUGUACGGCAUGAAGAAGAAUUGCGUCGGCUCAGCAGAGCACUGCAUAACCUUCGUCGAUACAUGGAUGUACUUCUUCGUGGUGAUAUGGAUAAUAGUGAAAUGAAUUUAUAUUGGGAUUCCUGGGACAGACAUCAUGUGCGCAGUGGUCCAUCGCCCCGGCCCAUUCGGUCACGAACCACAAGAAGCUCGGUACCUUCCGAAGAUAGCAUUCCAUACCAUAAUAACAAUUUCAGUGUCAACAGUAAUACCAUGAUGCAAGCUGCUUCCGUAAUAUCUUUGUCGUCAACUAGUCCUCCUACUACUCCUUUGCUAUCAAGGCACGGACGAGCAGGUGUCAAGUUUCCUACAACUCCACCUCCAAACAAAAGGCAUCAAACUGGUCUUCAGAGCACGGUGUCACAGCCAGAGGUAUUCCCUUUGACUAAGUCUAAGUCACACGAGUCGCAGUUGGCAAACCGUCUUGAAAAUGGCGAUACAGCAUCCAGUUGUGGGAAUGAUCAGGUUGAAUCCGGUGGCAGAAGGACUCGAUUACCUACUGAAUCAGGUUCCUGCAGUAGCAGUGCUGAUAUUACUGCUGAGAGCCUUUUACCGAAUAGUACUAGCCCAAUAAAGUCGCCACCAUAUUCCAGUGCAGAAAGUGACGAUAAUAGCUUUAAGGGGACAGUUACGAGUCUUCAAGUGCCAAAGUCUCCACGAACACCUACGGUGACUCGUGGUAUGGGGCACAUAAUUGCUCACCGGUUCACCAAAACCUUCAAGAUGAUGACUACAUGUGACUACUGCGAUAAACAGAUGUUCAUCGGCACUGGGUUGAAAUGCAAGGAGUGCAAGUAUAAGUGUCACAGAGAUUGCGAAUCCAAAGUACCGCCUUCGUGCGGUCUUCCUCAGGAACUUUUUGAUGAGUUCAAAAGAACCUUGCAGGCUGAUGGCAUGGUGAACGUCUCUCCGAUACUGAGCAAACCAGGAAUAACGUCACCGAAUCAUCAUAACUCCAACUUACUGCCCUCUUUAAAUCGAAGGGACCGUAAACGCUCGCAUCCUCACUCUGCUAUGAAUAUACCUUUCCAGGUAAACCGCUGCGAUCAAAACACUGCAAAUCACCAGGAGUUCGUUCGGUCGAAGCAGUCUCAAUUUCUUUCGCAGGGUGCCGACUCUAGUUCAAAUACCUCGAGCUGCAACAGCUCAACGCCUUCUAGUCCAGCGUUGUUACCUGCCAAUACUAGCCAAACUCCUCAGGCACCUACGAAGCAACAGUUUCACUUUCCAGAUGUUACGCUGAGUGAUAAAGGUGUCACUUUGGAAACUCAUCGACUCGAAGGUACAGCUGUUUCGAGUGACAGUGAGAGGACCGUAAGCGUUUCAGGAUCUGGCAGUGUUAGCACAGACUCGGAACGAACACCAGUUCGCGUUGACUCUCAAGACUCACAAGUGUCUGAUGGUGAACCUGGUGACAGUCGAUGGCCUCGACAGAAUAGCCUGUCGAUGCGUGAAUGGGACAUUCCGUAUGAUGAAUUAAAGAUCGGUGAGCCCAUUGGCACUGGAAGAUUUGGCACUGUUUAUCGAGGUAAUUGGCAUGGCGAUGUAGCUAUCAAGGUGCUCAACAUGGAUUAUUAUCUCGACGAUGACAAAACUCUUGAAGCUUUCAAACUGGAGGUGGCAACAUUCCGCAAAACAAGACACGAGAAUCUAGUUUUAUUUAUGGGAGCUUGCAUGAAGCCUCCUCGCUUGGCGAUAGUGACUAGUAUGAGCAAAGGCAUGACCCUCUACACUCACAUUCAUCUGCGUAAAGAUAAAUUUAAUAUGAAUAAGACCACUAUCAUCGCCCAACAAAUCUCUCAGGGAAUGGGAUAUCUACAUGCUCGUGGGAUAGUGCACAAAGAUCUCAAAAGUAAAAAUAUAUUCCUCGAGAACGGCAAGGUAGUCAUUACGGAUUUUGGAUUGUUCAGUGUUACGAAGUUGUGCUAUGGCAACAGGAAAAGUAACGGGUUGAGCAUACCGCCUGGUUGGUUAUGUUAUCUGGCUCCUGAAAUCGUGAGGAGGUUGAAACCACAACAGACCAGAGACCAAGAAGAGUUGCCAUUCACAGAUGCUUCCGAUGUCUACGCUUUUGGAACCGUUUGGUAUGAACUUCUUUGCGGUGAGUGGCCAUUUAAGGGACAGCCUCCAGAGGCCAUUAUCUGGCAGGUCGGUAAAGGCAUGAAACAGAAUUUGGCUAACCUCCAAGCUUCUCGAGAUGUCAAGGAUAUAUUGAUGCUUUGUUGGUCGUAUCACCCGGAGAAUCGGCCAGAUUUCGGGAAGUUGCUGAUGACGUUGGAGAAACUUCCCAGAAAGAGGUUAGCCCGCAGCCCUUCGCAUCCGAUACAUCUUUCUCGCUCCGCAGAGUCCGUCUUCUGAGCGGUAUUUCGUUCCAUUCGAAUUCCAUUCCCUCGAUGUAAAUACGACGCACCUCGUAGUAGCUGUCGGCUCGGCUUAGCUUCUCGCUAGGCGAGUACACCGGAUACACCGUACGCGAUUAUCCGUGCUUUUUAACUUAUUGCAAAGUUGAAGUUAGGGGACGCGCAGCGUCGUGUUAGGCAAUGUAAGGUCGAACGUAAUUACAGAAAGUGACUCCACGCGUUGUCUUAAAGCCCUGACUGAGCAGAUCAAGUGUUAAUUAAUUUUCCCGUUAUAGAGCCAUACAACAUGAAUGGUGUUGUAUCGUUAGCUUAUACCUAAGAAGCUAGUUAACCUUAAAACUCCUUAGUUUGUGGGCUUUAAAAUACCCCGUGGAAUUGUUUCCUUUUUGUAUUCGUUCAUUGAUUCUGUUUUGGACAAUAUUUCUAGUAAAGUGACGACUAAUCAUUGUUUAUUGUUAAUCCAAUUGCUUUAGCAGCUCACAGAUACGUCUUUAUCAUUCAAGAUUAUACAAAGAUAACUUUUUUAAACAGUGGCCAGUUCAUUCGGUAACUUUGGGAUAAGAGUAUUUCAUAAUUUAUCGAUGAACCCAAAUGAUUGAUGACUGGUCGUCACUGGUUUAAUGGACUUGUCCUACGAAUAACGCUUCAAAAGAAAGAUUAAUCAAAUUUAAGAACUAUCUGCGAUGCAGUGGAAAGUCGUUGUACUUUUGUAUUCGCACGAUCGUAGAGAGCGAUGUCUUUUAAAGACAUAGGCUGGAAAUGGUAUUCCAUGGUGUUUAACAGUUAAUUACGAGUUAAAGGUGUCUGUAAGCCCGAUCACCCUUUGAGCGAGUAAUGCGAGGCAAUACGUUUACCGAACCGUUCGUUUAGAAUUUACGAGUCGAGUUCGGACAAUUUAUCCUUCACGCGAGUGAAUGCAAUGCCUGACUAUAAUCGGAGAGAAUCACAAAAGUGAAAAAUUUAGACGUAUCCGAAAGUACAGGUCCAAUGGAGUUGGGUGGGAAGCAGCGAAGAGGUUGUAGCUUUCACAAGUAUACAUGUAAGAAAGACAAGGAUGAGCAGUGCACUCCAUAAAGCCUGUUCUUCUGUGUACUUCCGUACUCUUUGACGAGAGGUUGGACUCUUCAGUAUUAAUUUCAUCUUCGCCUCUACAACCUUUCUACAUCGAAUUCUCGUGUACGCUCUACUCUAGGUCCAUUUGACUCCCUCAGCAAAGCGUCAGUGAGAUCGGAUUAAUUUCUUUGGUGGACACGUUUUAUUUUGUCACUUGUUAGUUCACUCCCACGUCCCCUCCCAAUAAUAAAAUCAUUUGUCACUAGUCAUCUUCAAAUUGGACUCAUGCAGGUACAUUUUGAGGUUAAUCGGUAUCAAUCGGUAUUUUUCCCUUCGUGUCUUGUAAUGCACGUACCACCGCGAGCGCAAUUAGUUCUUACAUUCGACGAGACUCCAUUCUCGAGUUGUAUCAUAAUGUUGACCGCAGUCCCCUGCGAACGAUCUCAUUCCGUAUAAUAAGGUUAAUGGCAAACAGUGAAGAAUGUUUUAAAAAUCGCUAAAAUUGUACACAUUUGCUUAAAGAGAAAGAGAGAAAAAAGAGAAGAGGAGAAUAUAUAUAUUACACUCUGUACAUUGUGAUUGUUUGGGUAUAUAGUUUUAAUUAGAAUAAAAUAACACUUAAUUCAAUCUCUCAUCGUUUAAGGGACAGACACUGUGCCGAGGAAAACAGUCACGAGAUCACGAUGUACUGACUGUUUGUGAAGAAAAUAAACUGAAUUAUCAUACGAGGCUGCAAAAAUUAUAAUAAUGUUCCGUGAGCUUCGUUAGGAUGAACGAGUACUUUGGUUGAAUAGUUAGUUGGAGCGAAUUACUUUUCGCAGGGAUGGCAGAUACUAUGUUGAUAGAAUAUGGUGACAAUGAAUAAAGUAAUUGUACUGACACUGUUAA